AUGCUCAAAGAAUUGACCAAGCGGGUCGAAUCCGGUGAAAAGAAGAUAGAGGCGAACGAUAAGAAGGUGGAGAACUACAAUUCUAGGGUCGAUCAGAUCCCGGGGGCUUCACCAGUAUUGAAGGGACCAGAUUCAAAAAAGUUUGUUCAAAUGCCAUUUCCGCCCAGUGCGGCACCGAUUAAAAUCCCCAAGAGAUUUCGCAUGCCUGAUAUCCCCAAGUACAAUGGGACAACGGACCCAAACGAGCAUGUGACUGCGUAUACAUGCGCUAUUAAGGACAACGACCUCACCGAUGACGAAAGGGAAUCAGUGCUACUUAAGAAAUUCGGGGAAACUCUGUCGAAGGGGGCUAUGAUUUGGUAUCAGAACUUUCCCGAACACUCGAUUGAUUCAUUUUCCAUGCUCGCUGAUGCUUUUGUUAAGGCCCAUGCCGGGGCCAUCAAGGUCGAAACUCAAAAAUCGGACUUGUUCAACGUUAAGCAACGAGAUGACGAGACCCUCCGCGAGUUUGUAGCUCGAUUUCAAAUGGAGCGCAUGGACUUACCUCCAGUUACUGACGAAUGGGCUGUUCAGGCUUUCACCCAAGGGCUCACCUCGAGGAGCUCGAUCACAUCUAUAGAACUAAAACAAAACUUGAUAGAAUACCCGCCAAACACCUGGGUUGAUGUGCACAACAGGUAUCAGUCGAAGAUCAGGGUCAAAGACGAUAAGAUUCUGAGGGCCGCUUCAGUAUCAUGGCAUUCCAGUAAAGGAGGUGAUCGAUUAACAAGGGUGAUAGAUCGAGAUUCCAGAUCGUCAUAUGAUAGAUACCGGCCUUACCCGCUCGAUCGAAGGGGGAACGGGCAUAACAACGAAUUGAACAAGAAUGAUAGGAGAAACAAUCGAAGGAAUGAUCGAGGCCAAAAUAACUAUGGUUUGGUAAACAUAAAUGUUGUUGAUAGAGCUCCGAGAAACAGAGAAACUCCAAGGUUAUCCGAGUAUAACUUUUGCGUCGAUGUAGCAACCUUAGUGGCAGCCGUUAUCCGAAACAAAGAAACAAGGCAUCCGAGGCCAAUCCAAUCCGACCCGGAUGAGCGGGAUAAAAGUCUUAUUUGUAAGUAUCAUCAUACUCACGGCCAUCGAACCGAGGAUUGUCGACAGCUGAGAGAGGAGGUCGCCCGUCUGUUCAAUUUGGGGCAUCUUCGAGAAUUCCUAAGAGAACAAGCGAAAACCCAUUUUAAAAACCUGGAUUCCAACAAGCAGGAUAGGCUGGAAGGGCCCCAGCAGGUGAUACACAUGAUCAUGGAAGGAACUGACGUUCCCAUUGGACCGGUUAUGAAGUGCACGAAAAUUUCCAUAACGAGGGAAAAACGUAUCCGAAACAGUGACCCCGAUGGCCCCAUCACGUUCGAUGACGAGGACAUGGAAGGCAUCACCCAACCGUAUAAUGACGCACUGGUAAUAUUUGUCCUUGUCAAUAAGUUUAGAAUUAAACAUGUGCUGAUUGAUCCAGGUAGCUCGGCUAAUGUCCUCCGAUAG